UCAUUAUUCAGUUAAGAAUCGUCGUGAACUCGUGACUAGAUUAAUAUUGAUGGUGCUCAAGUGUUCUGUUUAGUGUCGAUUGUGGGUUGGUUGUUUCGAGCGAUAAUUGAAGUAAUGGAUGUCGGUAUCUUGUGGUAGGCCUAGCGCCAUAUCUAAUCAAAGUAAGGGAAGCUUGACACUUAUGACAGAUCGUUCGAGAUCAACAACAUCUUGCACCACAAACACAUGACGUUCAAAUGCACGCUAAACAAACAGUUGGCUAUUCAUCUUUAUUGAUUUGUAAAUAGUACUUGUUGGUGGCUUAUUAAACGCCAUACCUCUAUGCCUCAUAGAGUUGUAAAACAAACACGAAAACAAAGCUAUAUGGAAAGUCAACAAGAUAUGGGCGCAAUCAUACCGAGUGAACUAAAAGCAUUAAACGUACUCGGUGAACAUGAGAUUAAGUUAUGGAACAAAUCUUGGCAUUAAAUCAAGGCGAAGAAACCGUAUAAAAGCAGAAAAAAUUCCAGUGUUCAUUCGACUGUUGCUUCUGAACUCGUCAUACACCCAGUACUAAAAAAAUGAAAUUCUUGAUUGUUAUCGCAGCUGUUAUGGUGGCGGGCGUUUCGUCCAGCGUCCUGAGGGCCCAGGGCCUUAGCGACUGUGGUACUGGUGGCUCUCCCAUUAAAUUUGAAGGAGUACUGCUCACUCAAACGGUUCCCGUUGUUGGCAGGAUGUUCAUGGAUUUAACUACCACUACUCAACUGAAUGCCACAGUUGAAGACAAUUUGCAAAUCCGCAAAGUCACUACCCGAGUGGCCGACAACUAUCAAGUUCCAUGCCUGAACGGCAUUUCUGGCACUUGCACUGUUGAGUUCUGCUCGGCCCUUACCACUUACCCAGAUUCCGUCUGCACCCUCUUCCCUGCUGACGUGCCCUGCUCGUGCCCCUUCCUUGCCGACGUCUACGUCAAUCCCUCCGCUUACGUCACUUUCACUUCCGAAUGGCUCGCCAUCGAAGGAGGCGUUAACGGUGACUACAUUACUCGCACUGAAAUCGUUUCCAACAUUGGCACUCCCGAGGAAACCAUCUUGGGUUGUCUCCUUUUGGAGUACGCCUUGGCGGCUGUCUAAGCGCAAUCAGGGCCUAUAGUCCCACAUAUUAACUUUUUGUGAAAUGUUACUAAAUUUCAUGUGAAUAAAGUUUGAAGCUGAAAAUAAAUGAGUACAGCUCAA